UUCAAAUUCAUCUGCGCGAGCACACGCUCCUCUUUUGGAAACCGUUUUUUUACAAAGUAAUUGCGUUGUACUUCAUUUCCACAAUAUCACCCCGUGUAUUCGAUACGGUAUCACUAACACUCUAUGAUAUUCUACAACGAGAAGUGCGGCAGAGGGACCCUACAGUGAUACUGGCUGACGAUCUGCAUAGAGUUUUUCGCUUAGGAUUCGGGAAGCCAAUACAUGCUGUGCGAGGUAUAAGUCUGGCCGUCCAAAAAGGGCAAUGCCUAGGUAUAUUUGGUAGAAAUGGAGCUGGCAAGAGCACUACACUAGGAAUGGUAUCAGGGUUUCUCGUGAUCACUCGAGGACGCAGUUGUAUCAAUGGCUUCUAUCUGAAGAAGCAAAGGCGGCAGUAUAUUAAAAGGGUGUCGUCGUGUGCAGCAGAUGGGAUGGACGAGUUUCUCUCCGGGUAUAAGAACUUGAAAAUACUCGCAGCCUUGCAUGGGCACAGUAGAAGCAUGUCCAGCAAAAUGGCUAUGAGCAACCUGAACUACAUGGGUCUAACCACACAUGCGCAUCAGCUGUUCAGCUCAUACAGUUCAGGUUGUUCGCACCGUCUGGCUGUAGCUAAGUCUCUGAUAAGCGAAGCGAGCGCGGUGCUGCUAGACGAGCCCUGUGGGAGUGUGGACCCACAUACGAGGCCCCUGAUAGUGAGAGCUAUACGACUGCUGCGUGACCAAGGUGCCGCCUGCCUCAUUGCUGAAGAAAGCAUGGAUUGGACGCAGAUAGAUUACAUAUGUGACAGAUUGGCGAUUAUUGAUAAGGGCGAAAUAGUUGCAAUAGGGUCGGUGGAGGAAAUCAGACGGGAGCUAACCUCUGGGUACACUGCCACUCUGAAGCUAAAAGUCGAUGAGGCGUAUCGUCCUAUUACUGAGAGCUUAGAAAGACUUUGUUCGAUGGGCAGUAAAGGCCUGAUGCCUACUUAUAAAGUCUCCUUAUUAAAGAGAGAGUUCUUAGAAAUGUUCGAAACAAGUAUAUUGAUCGAUGAGCAUAUAAUAGUUUCUGAAAAACUAAGCACUCUGGAUUUACCAAAGACGUAG